AUGGCGGAAGGUGUUCUGUUCGACUUUGCUAAGGGAAUCACUGGGAUGGCGGGCAAGCUAGCACUACAAGAGGUUGCGCUCAUCUGGGGUGUCAAAGACGAGAUCAACAAACUCAAGGAGAUAGUUUCCACAAUCAGUGCUGUGAUUUUGCAUGCAGAGGCGAAGGAACACAACAGCGAACGGAGUGAAGCGAUCAAACCGUGGCUGAAAAGCCUUGAGGAUGCCAUGUGUGAUGCGGAUGACUUGCUGGACGAAAUCUCCACUAAGAAGGCUAUUAUUGAAUCUCUGUUGGAUUAUGCUAAUGCUGAAGAGAAUGUUUCGGUCCUUCCGAUAUUUGGAAUCGGAGGCCUAGGAAAGACGACAGUCACUAAACUUGUCUUCAAUGAUGAACAAAUCAAGAACCAUUUUGAGCUAAAAUUGUGGGUAUGUGUGUCUGAUGAUUUUGAUGUGAAAAUAAUUGUUGAGAAAAUCAUGGAGUGUCUCAAAAACAAGAAACCAGAGGACCUUGAAAUGAACACAUUAGUCAAUGAUCUUCAAAAAGAAAUUAAUGGAAAAAGAUACUAGCUUGUGCUAGAUGAUGUGUGGAAUGAGGAUCGUGAAAAAUGGUUUAGCUUGAAAGCUAUUUUGAAGGGUGGCACAAGAGGCAGUAGAAUAUUGUUGACUACAUGUAGUGAAAAAGUGGCAGAGAUAAUACAAUCUAUGCAACCACACAAGUUAAAGGGUUUAGAUGAUCAACAGUCUUUGUCUUUAUUUAAGAAGAUGGCGUUUAAGGAGGGGGAAGAACCAAAGAAUGCAAGCUUUGUAGAAAUUGGGAAGGAAAUUUUACAAAAGUGUGUAGGAGUCCCGCUCGCAAUAAGAACAAUAGGAGGUAUGUUGUAUUUAAAAAAAUCUGAAAU